AAUAUGUCGAGAGGAGGAUAAAAGAGAUGAGACGCCCCGUUAGACUAUCACACUGCUUCCUGACCGUGGACGGGUUCACAGCUGAAAGAUCGCAAUGAAGAUCGUACUUCUGUGUCUAGCGCUGGUAGGCGCCACAUAUGCUCAAUCUCACUUAACGAGGGAGGAAGCAAGGAGCCGAUGCCUGGUUGACAAACCGAACGUGUCACAAGGUGUCGCCUACGUCGCAGAUCUCGAUUGCGCAUUUUACUGGCAGUGUGACUUCGCCUAUACCCUACUGAAAAAUGUCACCCUAAAGCAGUGCGCCAUCGGAUCGUUAUGGGCCUCCAUGGCGUAUCCAGCACCCCCACCGGCGGGCGAAGAAGCCGUUGUUUGUGUCAGCUGCGAGCUACAGCCAGAUCAGCUAUGUCGUGAUAAGUACCUCCCCCUCGGGAAGACUGAACAGUGCCCCGUGUAUACAACGCCUCCACCAACUACAACGGAAGCACCACCACCCCUUGGAGAUAAGAAGUGUACACUCAUGCCUCAGAAAUUGGCAUACCAAGAAAUUAUAGGGGAAGAAAGCAAAGUAUGGUACCUGAACGCGAAUCAAACUGUUGACUGUGGACAUCUUAUCUUUAACUUUGACAAAUGUAUUUGUGACGGAAAGCCUGAGUUUCCAGGUCGGUGGAAUUUUGAUGUGAACUUGAACUCGGACAACAACAGAAUUUACGCCGCCAAUGAACCAGUGGGCACAGUAGGUUUGUCGGUAAUAGAGCCAGGAUGCGCCGAGUUUAACGGAUCAGGCGGACUUCAAAUUCCAUACUUUAAAAACAUGCGUCCUAGGUCGAGCUGGGUAUCUGCUGUUGUGAUUUCCAGAGAUGGGUCCCAGAAUGCCGUAAUCCUGUACGAGUGCUUUUCCAUCUUCAUAAAUGGUGAUGAAGUCUCAGCGUCUGUAGUAGUCCAGAACCCCUUGGGCGAGCAGCAGACUCUGUCUGUCUCAGUUACUGCACCACCAGCUGGAUAUGCACUCGUGAUCUUGAGAUGGGACGGUAAAGUCUUAACUCUUACCCUAAUUGACGAUGGCAUCGUGUACCAGGACUCUGCUCAAGUACUAGAAGAUCCCGACAACGAUUUUAUAUGGUCUAUCGUUUGUUUACCACAACAACCUCUCUUCGUCGGUUACGUGCCAUCAGAUUACAACAAGCCAGGUCUCCCAGGAAGCUAUUCUGGCAACAUUUGUCUGCUCUACUUUACCGACAAAUUGUAUGAUAAUGAUGAUGAUGUAGAGGCCGAUAUCCGCCUUGAUUACAUUGGACCGCAGUGGUAAUUAUUGGUUGCUAUCGAUGAUGACGACAGGCCCCCAGCAAAGCGAGAAGCGGUGAUAAUCUCGUUCCGCGGAAAGAACAUCUAUUUAUAAUAGGACUCAUAAGUUCCAAUGAUGAUUUUUAAUAAUCGGAUGUAGAACUGGAUUCCUGAAAAAAACGCGGUCGUGUUUGACACGUUUCUUGUUGCUGGAAAGAUCUUUUCAAUUAUGAUGUCUUAACUUUUGAACGUAGUACAAUAAACAUAACAGCCUGUGUUAAACGCAGAUUGUGAAUAAACUUUAGAAGCAUUUCAAAAUGUA